AUGUAUCAGAUAAUAGGCAUUACUUCUGUGUCUCUCCUACCAGUGAAGAGCUUGGAUGAUUUUACGUUGACAGUUCUAUGGGGAUUUCUUGAGGCUUUGGCCGCCGCAUUAUGUAUGAACAUUUAUGUAGUAGGGCUGAAUCAGCUAUUCGACAUUGAGAUUGACAAGGUCAAUAAGCCAACUCUCCCAUUGGCGUCUGGAGAGUUUUCAGUGGCAACUGCAGUAUUAUUAGUAGUGGCAUUCUUGGUCAUGAGCAUUAGCAUCGGAAUAAGAUCAAAGUCUGCUCCAUUGAUGUGUGCUUUACUUGUUAGCUUCCUUCUUGGAAGUGCAUAUUCCAUUAAUGCUCCAUUACUCCGGUGGAAGCAACAUGCCUUUCUAGCUGCAUUAUGCAUAAUCUUUGUGAGGGCUGUGUUGGUUCAAUUAGCUUUCUUUGCACACAUGCAGCAACAUGUUCUGAAGAGGCCCUUGGCACCAACAAGGUCAGUGGUCUUCGCAACAUGUUUUAUGUGUUGCUUCUCUGCAGUAAUAGCGCUAUUCAAGGAUAUUCCUGAUGUUGAUGGAGAUAGAUAUUUCAGCAUUCAGUCCAUGACUGUACGGUUAGGCCAACAGAGAGUGUAUAGGCUCUGCAUUAAUAUUCUCAUGACAGCAUACGCAGCUGCUAUUUUGGUAGGAGCAUCAUCUACAAACCUAUAUCAGAAGAUUGCCAUUGUGACUGGUCAUGGCUUGCUUGCCUCCACACUUUGGCAAAGGGCACAACAAUUUGACAUUGCGAAUAAGGAAUGUAUCACACCGUUUUAUAUGUUCAUUUGGAAGUUAUUCUACGCCGAGUAUUUUCUUAUACCAUUUGUAUGA